AUGGACAACUUCACCGACGAGUUCAGCAACAACGCCAGCGGGGCAGUGGGGAACGUGAGCGGCGGUUCGCUCGGCGCCGUGGCGUAUGUCAUGCCGUCCGUCUGCGGAGUCAUCCUGCUGAUCGGCGGCGUCGGCAACUCGCUGGUGAUCUACAUCGUGGCCCGCUUCAGCGAGAUGAGAACCGUCACCAACUAUUACAUCGUCAACCUGGCCGUCACGGACCUGGCCUUCCUGGUGUGCUGUAUCCCCUUCACCACCAUAAACUACCUGACCUACGGCUGGAUCUUUGGCUCUACCAUGUGCACCAUCGUCCCGUAUAUGAUACAGGUAACAGUGCAGGCCACGUGCAUCACCCUUGCGGUACUGAGUAUUGACCGGUACUGUGCCAUCGUUCACCCGCUUCGCUCCAUCGACUUCCGCACACCGAAGGUUGCUGCCAUUGUCAGCGCCUGUACAUGGAUAGGUUCUUUCCUACUCGCCUUGCCUCUGGGUUUGAAUAUUCAGCUCGAAGAGGUCGAGAACUUCGGUCCACAGUUGAUCUGCCGGGAGCACUGGCCCACCAAGUCUGCUCACAGGAGCUACAUGCUGUACACCUUCCUCAUCACCUACGUCAUCCCGCUGGUCUUCUGCACCUUCAGCUGUUCCUUCAUCGUCCGGAAGCUGCUGACCAGAUUCAGCAUCAGUCACGCUCAGAAGACCGACGCGCAGGCCAGGCAGACCCGGCGGACGUCCUGCAUGGUGAUCGGGGUGGUGGUCCUCUUCGCCUUCUGCUGGCUACCGAACCACAUCAUUAACCUCUGGUUCGUGUUCAAUCCCGAGCCACCUAAGGUAAUAACAGACGUACUAGCGUGGACCAAGACAAUCGCACUCAUUCUCUGCUACUCAAACUCCAUGCUGAACCCUUUCGUGUACACACUGCUCGGUGAAAACUAUCGCCGCUGCCUGCGGCAGUCGUUCCCUUGGCUGUUCAAAAAACGUAUCCUGCGUAGAAGCGCUCUCGCCACAGGCCGAAGCUCUAGCUCCUCCCGGCCGGGUAAGACCACAGAAAUCACGCUAAGAUCCUCUGCCGCUAGACCUGUUAUCGUUACCUUUAACAACAAACGCCCGCCUUCUAGAGCGAUGACGUUUGGCUCAAUCGAGGAAGAACAUCGGACCUAG